UGAUUGGCUGGUUGGUGGAGCGCGCUCUUUUGUUGGUUCUGAGGCUAAAAACGGAUCUUUUGGAUUUCCAGCAUCCGCAGUUUUUUUUUUUCGCUUUUAUCUUCUCUUUUUGUUUGUUGUGAGAAAGAAAAUUAAAAUUCCCGUUAAAUUUGUUGUGAUUCGUGGAUAGGACAAACUGCUGUGAUGGGUGAUACUUUGGAAAAUGGCUUGUUUGAUAUCCCUGACUAUGAUCAUUUAGAAGACGAAAUCUUUCCACCACUCCCUCCUCCAUUAUCACCUGGACAAAUGGAAGAUGGUGAAGCUUUUGCUGCUGGGGAAGAGGAAGGCAGACAAGAGGGAACUGAGUCCAAAGAACCUGUAGUUCUCAGGAAAGUUGUGAAAAGACCACAGCCUAAGCUGGAUGCUCAGCGAUUAGUUUCAGAUCGUGGAUUGCCAGCUUUACGGAAUUUGUUCAACAACAUCCGAUAUAAAGGCAAAGGACAUGAGAGUGAAGAUGUGAAAACUCUCCUUUGGCACAUGGAGCAUUGGGCUCAUAGGCUGUACCCUAAAUUACAAUUUGAGGACUUCAUUGAAAAAGUGGAGGCCUUGGGUAGUAAAAAAGAAGUUCAGACCUGCUUAAAGAAAAUUCGACUCGAUAUCCCCAUUACACAUGAAGACUUUAUUUCUAAUGAAGAUGUAGAGAACGAGGAUGGCCUCCAAAUUGAUAACUUAGAAGCUUCCUUCAAUUCAAUGCCUAGCCAACCAGCUGCAGAAUCGACUCCUAGCUCAAGCAAACUUUCUGAGGAACAGCAGUUUAGGAUCGAAAGGAACAAACAGCUUGCACUUCAGAGACGACAAGCAAAACUCCAGUCAGCAAAUCAGAUGCCCUCCAAUAAUCUAGGUGAUUCACUGUCCUUGAAUCAGUCUACAGAACUAAAUCAAACCACUGUUUUGAGAGACCCUAGUGACAUGUUUGAAGAUCUAGCUAAAGAAAAUAUAGAAGCUUUGGAAGAGGCAACCAAAACUGAAGCUUGUAAGCCAGUUCAGGAACUUGAAACUUCAACUGAAAUAGAUCUUGCUAUGGAAAUUCCAGAAUGCUUAUCUGAGGUAACUGAAACAAUUGACUCUUGUAAAUCAACACGUAACUCUGAAACCACAAUUGAAGACACUGAUUCUUCCAAACUCAUUCCAGAAGCAACACAAUCGCAGAAUCUGUCCAUGGAAAGGUUACCGGAAAAAACAAAUGUUCCUCAAUUGAUACAGGAGCUAGAAACCACCACAGAAGUUGAUUAAGUAUAUUAUGUUUAGCAUAUUAUGUGAUUUGCUGAUGAUUACUAUGAGGUUUUGUAUUUUGUUUUGCAAGCGGAGUGGCAUAGUGGUCUGACACAAAUUAAGGUGGCGGUGGAGAAUUUGAUGGCAAGGCUUGUUUUGGCUGUACAGUAGAAACUCUAUGCUCAUGAUAAUUCCAAAUGAUUUUUCAAUACAGCAGGUGUUAGUUCAUGCCACAAGUUUGUGUAAAAAUAUUUUCAGCUUCAAAGCAAUGUUGAAAGGUAUAGUAUAAAUCUGGUAUAAACAUCCAUUCUGAUGCUACAUUUUGAGUAUCCAUGUGUCCUAACUCUAUGCAAUACAAAUCUAAAUUUUUAAGAUUGCUGUUUAAGGGUUAUUAGUGUAUUGGUUGGUAUCGAUAAUAUUACAGGGAAGAGAAUCACACUAAAGCUAAUGGAUCAUUUUUAAAAACCACAACCUUUACAGAUGUUGUAUAACUCCAAAUAUUCUUCAACCCAAGUUUGGGAAAAAUAAUCUUUUUUGUUCUCUACUGUAAGCUUUCUAAAAAAUGGAAGCAAAAUACUGCUGAUCUGAAAUAAACACAGUGCUGAAAAAACUCAGCAGGUCUGGCAGCAUCUGUGGAGAGAGGGAAAGAGUAAUGUUUCAAGUUCAAUAUGAUUUCACCAGACUACAAGAGUCUGCUGAGUUUUUCCAGCACUUUGUUCAAAAAAUGGAAAUGUUUUUGCUUGUUAAGACCAAUUUAAUUUUCUGCCUUAGUGGCAGUUUAAAGCAUGUUGAACUAAGAGGUCUCAGAAGGAUAACUUUGAACUCAACUUAAAACUCUGUACAUAUUUGGAAGAAAGAAAUUGAUUCAAACUGGACAUAAGCACUAAUGACAAAACUGUCAUCCAUUAGAAGUUUUUACCUUUUAACCUCCCUGGAAAAGGCGUGAAGAUUAAUUGAACCAUAGUACUUUAUUUAUGCCAAUCACAUUUGAAUAAAAAGUAUAAUAUUUA